UUAACAUCUUUGUUGACAGAAUCAACAACUGUUAUUGAUUCUGUCAACAAAGUUUUUUACAACAAUCAACACAUCAGCCAUAGAGUUUGGUCCGCGAAAAAGAAUCUUUGGCGAUGUUCCGUCACUUCCGGUUUGUCCUUUCCGCGUUUGGCUUUAAGGCUCCUCUUCGUAGACUCACUCAUACUGCCAUUCUCAGUAAUAUGAUUGACUGGCAUCAGUUGGCUGCGGUCCAAACAAGGGUUGACAUUGGGUUGAACUUUUUUGCGGUCUCUGAUGAUGAUAACCGUCCAAUUAUCAGUUUUUUAAAAGAAGAGUUCUGUUCUGUUGCUGGUGAGCUUUUCGGUGGCAAUGGUACCGUUUCGGAGUGUCAAAACAUGUGUCUUGGCCGUUUCGGUGGCAUGAGCGGCACUAAUCCCGCUCCAGGCAUUAAUGAAGCUUGGAAGGUCAUAAUGUACAACGAUGUCAAGAUCCCGUUCACCAGAGCAAGACCAGGUUUCAACGGUUCCGUCGGUGAGGACUGGUCCCCUUCCAAGUCUCGGGAUACGAUCAACCACGCGUCUGGUCACUGGAGACAAGGGAUUAACUUCUACGAACGUUGCCUGAAUAAGCAUCAGGAGACGCAGUUUACGUCUCGUUUGGAGGUUCGUGUAAGUGCGGCGGAUGUGGGCGACAUACUCGUUCGCAAAUUAAUGGAUGGGCUGCACCGCCUUCAAUCGAACGGUGCGUUUAUCCAUUUCUUUGUCGACGAGUAUCUCGCCUAUGUCCGCGAGUUGCUGAAUCUCACCUCGGAGAUGAUGGUCUCCUUAAGCCGGGAUAUACAAUUACCUGCUGUGUCUGGCUUUGCGUUCUGCGUUUUUCUUCUGAACAGUCUUAUGCAUCCGGAGGUAAUGCAGGAUUCCUUUGUUAAACAUUUUUUUUUAUUGUUCAUGAUACAAAUAAAGAGGACCUUAUUCAAACUUCACUUCACCCAUUGUUGGCUAUUUGGGGUAUUUUUUUUGUAAACGAAAACCAUCAUUGAUGUCUAUGGAACAUAAAGACGAUGCAACUAUACAAAAAUUAUACAGAAUUGCUAGAGAACUGAUGUAGAAAGGAAACAUAAAAAAAUCCAUUGCAUCGGAUUUACUUGACGUUUGUGAUGAGACAAGCUCACAAUUCCAAAAACUCGUAAAUGUGA